AUGAAAACAACAUUAAACGAAGAUUUGCCGGAAGGAAUGGAAAAUGCGAAUGGUCCAAGUUCAGAAGAAUGUUUGGUUAGUGAUGGAAAUCUGCCAAACCCUUCAGUUAAGGCUUUUCGGGAAGAGUUAGCUCAAGAAAGAGAGGAAGUAAGCGAAAAUGUUGGCGAAGCAGCUUCUACUGAUGGAAUUCAUCAAAAAAGUCCAUCCUUCAGGAGAAGAUCCUUGCGGAGGGAAUCUUCUACCGUAACGGAUUAUGAACUAGCUGUUGAACAUAAACGAUCUGAAAUAUACAGAAAAAUAAGCAAGAUCUCUUUCUUGCCAUCAGUGGAUAAGGUGGUGACAGUUGUGCGCUGUUCAUCAGUUAACAUUUCAAAGCGGUCUGUUUUGGACGUCUUAGGUCGGGUUAUUAUUAUCCAUAUACCAAUCUGGCUAGGUGUUAUUGCUGUACAAAUUACAAUGGUUGAAGUGUUCGAUAAUAAGUUCUGUAAGUUUUGGCGCUGA